AUGACCGGAAGGAGAGCAGGCAGGUAUUCUCGACAUCGGAAGAUUGACCCAGAGAAGCAGGCCUUGGUGGAACAAGAGGAAAACACAGCUUUCGUAUAUCAGGUCAACUAUUUCAAAGGGACUGCCCGUGUGAGCCUUACGGACAUCGCAAUCGGAAACAACGUUAACCGGCUAAUUGACGGCCAUGAGAAUGUGGCUCGUCUGAAAGAGAUCAUGAGAAUUGAAGGCUGCUUUCGCCUGAAGAAAUCUUGCCACGUUCCUGUUGCAAUCAGUUCGGCCGACUGGGACUCACAGAGAGUGUGGUUCGAUCAGACUGCCGAGCUGCAGGCUGAUGCGCCUUUCUCGUCCUUCCCUCGGCUGUGCAAAUGUGCAGAUUAUACCCUUCUUGCUCUUGAUAGGGAAAGCCUCAUUACUGCUGCAAAAGAGAUAUUCCAAGAGAUAGGUGUACAAGACCCUUGGUGGAUCGUCGACGUGUAUGUUGUCAGUCCAGGUAAGACAGCUCCAAUACACCAGCGAAGAGAUUACUCGCCCGCGCUGAAUGCAUCAGACCAGUCGGAACUGACGGGAAGACAAGACCAUGGCGCCGAUAGAGAUGACGCGUUCUUUCGGCCGCUUCGUGAGAGUUAUCAAAAGGAGCGUGCUCCGUCAGACGGUCGGAUUUAUCAAAGUAUUAGAUAUUAUCAAAAGCGCCAGAACGGACCGGCCGAGAGGUUCUGGUGGGCUGUGCUGCAAAGAGAGCCUGCUAGCCGGAAAGGGGAUUACUUGCGCACUUUGCCGUCGGUCCUGGCCGAGGCGUUCGACGCGCUUCUUCCGAUCCCUGGUCUCUGGGCGGGUAUGAAUAUUGGGGUGUUACAUAAGCUAAAAGCCAUGAAAUGUUACGAAGCUAUUACCUGUUAUCUUAGACUCAUUGGUGACGUCUUCACCAAUAUGGCCGGAGGUCGUCAGGAAUUGAUGAGCCGAUUUGACGCUUCGACAGUAGACAUUCUGCAGUCCAGAGCCCCAGGUGUAUCGACCUGGGACUGGCGAUUUCUCCAGGAAAAUCAAGGGAAGCUAUUCUGCUUCGUCGAGGACCCCGGCGACCGUCAUCAAAUAUGGGAACGAUUGAGAACGAUUAGAUCUCCAAUUCCCACGCUGAAAACCUUUUUCCAGGAUAUUCUUUACCUUGAAAUAGGCCAAGUAAUUAUACAGCAAAUUUGUCUUACUCCGCCAAAUACUGAAGUCACAAUAGAUCAAACUCUAAAGCACCAGCACGAUGGAGUCCAGGGUCAAUUGGCAUUAGAGCAGGCACCGCCUCUAUUGGAUGGCCUAAGCACGGAGGCACAUCUCUGGGAUCUUUGGCGCUUUAGUCUACAAUUUGGGUUUGAAAUGUCAAAGCGACGAGACCAUUGCCGCCGUCUUCUUCGGAAACGAGAGGACAUCGAUCGCCUGGCUCAAGUCGGCCGCGAAAACGAUCCAAGUGAGGAGCUCUCGACCGCACUUUGGUGUCAUCUUUUUUGGCUAGCCCAAAGCCACGGGUUCACUAUACCUCCCAAUCAUGAGCCUGUCAUGUUGAAUCAUGAAAUUCUCAACCCAGCGUUUAUUGAUCUUCCUUUAGAUGAUACACAAGACAUCAAUAUUGAACGCCGAUGUGGCCGGCCAUUCAUAGAUGCUGCCAAGCCCGAUCGAUACGCUCUUUCGCUAGAAGCGCUACUUGAUACUCGAUCUUCAUCACGGGUUAGCAGCGUAUCCGUGAGGCAAUCGGUCUUCCGCGCCUUUUUCAGUUAUCUGGGCGUGGCUAUGGUCACCGGUCCAGCUGAAUUCUCCUCCGACCCCUUUGUAGAACAACAUUUCUCGGGCGACGAGAAUAACGUGACCUUUCACCUGACCCCAAGUAUAAGCUCUUCGACUGGUCAGUCAUUUGGUGACACUUUUGAUGAUAUUCCGAUAAUCGUCACUCCCCCGCCGAUUUUACCACCAAGUCAAACCGAUAGUCAGACGUAUAUUGCACCAAUGCCUCUCUACCACUUCCAGUUUGAGGUAUUGGUCCUCCAGCAUUUGAGUUCCAUUUGGCUGCCAAACAACAGGAAUGUGCUUAAUUCGUUCUUCGAAAAUCUACAGAAAUUUGGCUUUCACAUCUAUCAUUCCAAUGAUCUGUCAAGAGCUAUUUAUUGGUCGGACUGUUACUCGCUAUACAUCGACAACCCCCGGUUAAAUCUCCGAGCUGUAUAUUGUGAAGGCUGCUUUGAACACCCAUGGAACUAUUUGGACCAUCAUGAUGAGCAAGCUGUGCUGUUGGAACCUAGCAUCGUGCAAGUGACCACAUGGCUUAGUGAAGAGAUUAUCAAAAUGAGGAACAUUGUAGCAGAUCCCUUUUGA